AUAAAAUUCUGGCGAAAAUGGCGGAAUAAACAACAGUCUAUUGUGCGCAAAAUAAUUUUACUUGUUAGACAAUUCUUAUUUCUGGCAUACGUAUAAGGUGCAGCUAUGCCGGUGUCGUAUGAACUAAUAUGUGUGGACCCAAAAGGGAUAAGUGAUGUCAACCUUCCUGAUGGGAAGACGACUAUUGGUAGAGGGCCAUUUCUUUCAUGCAUGGACAAGAGAGUGUCAAGAGGUCAUGCUGUCUUAGAAGUUACAUCUAAUGGGGAUCUUACCAUAACUCCAAUACACGUAAACCCGUGCUUCUACAAGCCUGCCUCCAUGGAAAGUUCCAAAAUGCUCACUCUGGAGAAAGAGAUAUCGCAAAAAUUAGAGUCUGGUGACAGAAUCGCCCUUCUUCCGAACACCUAUGUCUACGAGGUGGUAGUCAAAGAAGGGAAAAGUAACGGAGUCGCCGACGCAGCAAAGACCGGUGACAAUGAGACCGAGGCCGAAAAGCAGAGCAACAACGGAAGUCGAUCCGAAUCUCCAGCCAGCAUCAAGACAGAAAUAUACGACACAAAGAAGCCAAGCGAUCAGGAGAAGAAAGAUACAGCUAAUCCAGCAGCAAAAGACGGGCCUGCCGGUGAAACAAAAGAAGGUAAUACAGAUGACCUUUCCGAGGAUACAUCAAAAGAGACGAACGACAACGACGUGUCCAUAAAAAAGAACAAAGCCGGACGUCCAAUCAGAGGCACAAAUUCUUCCGCCACCUCUAAGGAGGCCGAGGGAGACUCUGAGGAAGAGCAGGAAGAGGAGGAGGAGGAGGAGGAGGAGGCAGUCGCAAAGAAAACUCGAGGCACGAAGCGGCCCAUGAUCGAGGAGGACCCAGAUGACGAGUUCGAAGAAGAGCAGGAGGUCAUGCCGAAGAAGAAGGACAGACGCAAGCCCACGCAGAGAGGCCCCCCGAAACCACCGGCACAGAAGACACUACACGGCCGGGUAGUGAAAUCAAGAUCGGCUAAAGAGGAGGAGGAAGAAGAAGAAGAAGAGGAGGAGGAGGUCCUUCCGAAGAAGAAAGCGAGAGGCAGGCAAGCCAAGCAAGAGGAACACGCUGACGAUGACGAGGAGGAGAUGGAAGAGGAGGAGGUCAUGCCCAAGAAGAAAGCCAGGGGGCGCCAAACCAAGCAAGAGGAACACGCUGACGAUGACGAGGAGGAGAUGGAAGAGGAGGAGGUCAUGCCCAAGAAGAAAGCCAGGGGGCGCCAAACCAAGCAAGAGGAAGACGAGGAGGAGGAGGAAGUAUCGCCGAAGAAAAAAGGCAGGGCACACGGCAAUGACGACGAUGAAGAGGAAGAGGAAGAGGUCGUGCCCAAGAAGAAAACGCGCGGCCGUCCGACCAAACAGGAAGCCAGCGACGACGACGAACAAGAAGAAGAGAUCCCGCCGAAGAAGAAAUCGCGCGGACGCCCGCCGAAACCGCCCGCGACCCGCAAACCGAAAGCGAAGCCCGUCAGGGGGCGCGCCGUAGGCAGCGACGAUGAGGACACCGCGCGGCUCAAGGACCGCGACUACUCCGAGGAGGAGGACGACGGCGAAGAAGAGGAGGUGGCGCUGAAGAGGAAGCCGCGGGGGAAGGCGGGGGCGCGCGGGAAGCGAGCGCGGCGCGACAGCGACGAAGACGACGACGACGAGUAUGCGCCCCGCGCGGCGGCGUCGCGUCGCGGCCGCGGGAAGCGAGCAAAGCCGGCGGCGAGGACGCACAGCGACGACGACGAGGAGAUCGCGCGGCAACGCGCCGCCGAGAGGAAGCAGCGGCAGCCGCGGGCGGCCGCGCUCAACUACAACUACAAUGUGGAUGAGUACAUCGACGAGUUCAUGCCCAGCGAUGAGGACCAGGUGGAAGAGGCGCGGUUGUCGAAGGACUCCGACGAGGAAUACCACGCAGAUGCCGUCGCGCUCGAGUCGGGAAGUGACUGGGAGAGCCGGGGAAAGAGAAAAGUGAAGCACAAGAAGGGGAGACGAGCAUCCAGUGGGAGGAAGGGCCGAUCGCAGAAGCGCCGACGCAGCGGCGACAACGACUCGGACGUGUCCGAGGACGACUACGUGCCGCGGCCGACCAAGAGGAGGUCGGUGUCGGGCACCGAGGAGGAGGAGGAGGAGGAGAAGGCGAAGAAGGCCAAGGCGGCGCAGCCGAAGAAGCGAGAGAUGUGCGACGACGGCAAGAGUUGCAAAAAGCGAAAUCGACAGCACUUCAAGGAUAUGAGUCAUCCGGGGGACUCCGACUACGAAGAAGAUGCAGUUAGUGGUGAAGAGGAAGAGGAGGAAGAGGAAGAGGAGGAGGCAGAAGGAGAAGAGGAAGCCACCAAGGAGUCCAAAAUGUCGAGUGAAGUCGGUGGCAAGGAAAUCGAGACGAAGAGUUGAACAGACUACCUACGACGAAAUUUACUACUAUUGGCCACAUCAUUUGCCCGACAAAAUCUCAUUUGUAAACAUUUUGGGGGCCAUUUUGGAGGUCUCUUGUACUCAGUCGUUGGCCCACAUUACUACUUCGAUAACAGGGUAAGUACAUCAUAGACGCACACACAUAGGAGCAGGUGAAGCGACGUGAUGUACCCGCCAUGUUACCUGCUGGCUUGUCACAGAAAGCGACAAAUUUCUCUUCUGCUAGUAGAUCGAUAUUGACGAAGAGUCGCAGAAUGACGGCAAGGGCAAAAAAGUUGUGCCACCAUUAUUGACGUUGAAAGACCGUUCGUCAUUUCUCUCUCUCUCUCUCUCUCUCUCUCUCUCUCUCUCUUCCUCUUCCCGUGUCCACCCACACCUAUUACAGUUACCAUAGAGUCCGGGAUAAGAAGCUAGGCUGUUGAAUGGAGUUGGCGUUGCCGCUGAGCAUACGUCGUGUACGGUCGCGAGCGGUAUUCACUUGUUUUUGUGUUGUGAUGUACCUAGAUGGCAGUGCACGCGUUUAGUAUGCAGCGGAUCCAUCGUCGAGCCGGGGGAAAAACCAGCGAACGGCCGGGGUCUUUUCCCAUUGGCGCGCGGAUCCCGCGCAUGACUUGGUAGCCAUGUUCGUUAGUGUCCGUACUGUUAAUGUCCCCGUUUGGCUAUCCAUCGGUUACUGUCCAGCGAAUUUUAGCUGCUGUCGUGCGCACGCAUUAUCUCCCAAUACCGACCGCACGCUGCCGCCGCGCAGGCGAAUUUGCCAUCCAUGUUAUAUUUACGUAUUUCUUAAAUAUAUAUACAUAUACAUAUAUAUCUAUAUAUAUUCAUGCGUGUUUCCCAUAAACCAUACGUGUAACGUCUUGUCACGUCUGCCACGCUGUCGCGAAUCUACUACCACUCGUACGAGGACGUUUGCGCACGCUCGCGAAAAAGGCCGCGUCACAUAUAGCAGCGCGAGCAAGCCAAAUUGGAGUGACGCAGCCUCGCGUGAAACGUCGGACCUGCCUCGUCACCGACAACCAAGACGACGUCUGUGUGCGACCGUGAAAUUUCUUCGUAGUUGCUCGGUGGUGGCCGGGUAACAUGUCGGUGUCUGUUGCGUGUUCUCGUUCUCAGUACUAAUUCGGUGAGAUGGGAUGUGCGCGCCAGGUUGGCGGGCGCGCGUCGCACUAAUUUCACUUAAAAUUAUAUUUCGUGUCGUGAGAGUAGAUUGUACAGCCAUUUCGUGUCGUUCGACAAGCAACGGUAAAAAUACUAUUUUUGUCACAUUUAUGGUAGGUUACUGUCAACCGGGAAGUUAUCCUAUAGCCUAGAGUUGCAAACCUGUACUUGUACAUGUGCUUGUAUGUGUUGUACUGCAUUUUUCCUGAGAAGUGAAUUAAUUAUGAAAGGACAUUAGGAUAACUUUAAGCUCCCCUUCGUUCAUCAUGAUAUCAGCACUUUACGUGUUCAGAAUUCAACAGUAGCAUUUUCUUUUGUUAUCAUCCCUUCAAAGUGAAUCUUAUCGACAUGACAAUAUUACCGUGAAUAUUAUCAUGUUCUUAUACUAUAGUUUAAGCAGUUUGGUGUGUGUGUGUGUGAAGAGAGUGCGUAGCUGUGCGUAUAAUUAUACACUAACGUAAGAUAUACGAUGGUAUUUACUCAACAUUCUAGGUAACAUUAUUAAGUGUGCACUUUAAUAAAUAGGUAGUCUUAACUUGAAAUCAAUUGACCUUGUGUGGAGGGAUACUAGCAAAAGUAUUAUGAUUAUACAUGUACAUAUUAUUAUGUUACCAUGGUGUUGACACGAAGCAUUCGACGAAAGUUCAAACAUGGUUAGAAAAGUGUUUUGCUAGAGUUUAAUGAUCAUUGAUGAGAACAAAUCAGUUUAAGAUUUAUUGGAAUUUGGGGUGCAAUUGGUUUGUAGUUGUUGUGCUGCUCACCACUAGUUAGCAAUCAAAAUUAGUGUAUCAGUAAUUAUAACCUCGUUUAGAAUUCUAUGAAAUCUACAGAUGCAUUGGUGUAAUGAAGGAACUCACAGAAGUCGUUGCUCAGUUUUAGAACUAACUGUAUGUGAAAGAAAUCCACGACAAAAAUCACACGGAGUGUACAUGUAGUGUCUAUCAAGUAUGUAUCCUUGUUUCACUAGAAUUAUUUUAUGCUGCAUCUGUUGUUGUCCCCAAAAUAAACUGCUUGUGACAAAAGU